CUCUGGCCGGCCGUUUCAGCCCACUCGGAGGUAUGGUCGGUGCUGGCAGCUGGUGGCCGGCCGCGCUGCUGGCCGCGCUGCUGGCGCUGGGCCCGGCCCAGCCGGUGCCACAGGCGCCGCCGCCGGCCGCCGGCCCUCCAGCAGCCAACGGCAGCCUCUUCGGCGGAGGCCGGCCCGUCUCGGCGGCCGACCGACUGGACCGGCUCGAGCGAAGGCUCGGCACACUGGAAGAAAGUGUGGUUAAGCUCGCGAAUAGAAUGCGAGUCGUAACGGGCAAUCUUCAAAACAUCCUACAAAUGGUCGCGCCGAUGUUGUCGCCCGUGGUCAACGCGCCGGUGAGGCCGACGGUGCCGGCGGCGGCGGUCAGCACGGCGACGCCGCCGGCGACGUCCGCCUGUCCGUCCGGCUACAGCCGGGUGGGAGCGGCGCGCCCGGGCCGCCGGCUGUGCCUGUCGGGCCUGUCGGCGCAGCCGCUCACCCAGCCGGCGGCCGCGCAGCGGUGCCGCGCCACCGGCGGCCGCCUCCUGCAGCUGGAGACCAACGUCAAGUUCCACCUGGUGAAGGGACUGCUGGCCGACGACCGUCCGCUCUGGGUGGGCGCCGGCUACCGAAAAACCGCCAACGACUUCUACUGGAGCUCUGGCGGUCAGCGUGUGCAGGUGAAGGUUCAAGGAUCAGCCGCCAGAGGCGCUACCUGCGUGGUGCUCAUCAUGUUCCGCACCGCCGGCCACCUGGCGGCUCAGAACUGCCGGCUGCCCAGGUACUUUGUCUGCGAAAAGCUGCUGACCUAAUGCGAACAGGCAUAUAUGGCGGAGCCCGUAACGGGGGAGUGACUGAGGGAGCUUGCUUUGUUCUAUAGCCAAUGAUGCGUUAACUAUUUGGGUCUGUGGUGCUGGCAGUGCUGCCGCGGUAAGCGGCACAAAGGUAGGUAGUACAC